CGCCCGCCCCUUCCCGCUGCCCACGGGCGAUCCGCCGGGCAAGCCUCGUCCCCCGGGCCGCCGACCCCCGGCCCCGGGUUCUCCCCCCCAUCUCCUCCUCCUUCUCCUCCUUCUCCUCUCCCCUUCCCCUCUCCCUCCCCCUUCCUGGCCGGGCUGCGCCCCCCCGGCCGGCCCCGGCAUGAGCAUCUCCAUCCCGGCGGGGCUGACGGAGCUGCUGCAGGGCUUCACGGUAGAGGUGCUGCGGAGCCAGCCCGGGGACCUGCUGGAGUUCGCCCUCCAGUACUUCGGGCGCCUCAAGGAGGAGGCGACGACCGCCAAGGCGGCGGCGGAGAAGGAGCCGAGCGGCCGCAAAGCUGGCACCGGCCAUGACAGGGGCACCCAGCCGCCGCGCCGGGGCCCCCCCGACGCCCGCGGGGUCAACUUCGCCGAGGAGCCCAUGCAGACCGACUCCGAGAGCGGCGAGGACGAGCAGCCGCCGCCGCCGCCGCCGCCGCAGCAGUUCCCGGCUCCAGCUGUAAACCGAUUCACCAGACGUGCAUCAGUGUGUGCAGAAGCUUACAAUCCUGAUGAGGAAGAGGAUGAUGCAGAAUCUAGGAUUAUUCACCCCAAAACAGAUGAUCAAAGAAACCGACUGCAGGAGGCGUGCAAGGACAUCCUUCUUUUUAAGAACCUAGACCCGGAACAGAUGUCUCAGGUGUUAGAUGCAAUGUUUGAAAAGAUGGUUGAAGGAGGGGAGCAUGUAAUUGAUCAAGGGGAUGAUGGUGACAACUUCUACGUCAUUGACAGAGGUACAUAUGAUAUUUAUGUAAAAUGUGAUGGUGUUGGAAGGUGUGUUGGAACCUAUGAUAACCGAGGAUGUUUUGGUGAGUUGGCCUUAAUGUACAAUACACCCAGAGCAGCUACAAUUAUAGCUACCUCUCCUGGUUCCAUCUGGGGUUUGGAUAGGGUAACAUUCCGGAGAAUCAUUGUAAAAAAUAAUGCCAAAAAGAGAAGAAUGUAUGAAAGUUUCAUUGAGUCAUUGCCAUUCCUUAAAUCUUUAGAAGUAUCUGAGCGUUUAAAAGUGGUUGAUGUGAUUGGUACCAAAGUGUACAAAGAUGGAGAACAAAUCAUUGCUCAGGGUGACUUGGCUGAUUCUUUCUUUAUUGUGGAAUCUGGAGAAGUAAGGAUUAUAAUGACAAGGAAGGGCAAACAAGAUCUAGAAGAGAAUGGAGCAGUAGAAAUAGCUCGAUGCUCAAGAGGACAAUAUUUUGGAGAACUUGCUCUUGUAACUAACAAACCCCGAGCUGCGUCUGCAUUUGCUCUUGGCACUGUCAAAUGUUUAGUUAUGGAUGUGCAGGCAUUUGAAAGGCUUUUGGGACCUUGUAUGGAAAUUCUGAAAAGGAACAUUGCAAACUAUGAAGAGCAGCUAGUAGCUCUGUUUGGAACAAACAUGGACAUUGCCGACACCAGUGCAUGAAUGAAACAUUGGAGCAAUGAGAUCUGUUAUGAGAAUAUAGCACAGUAGUGGUUAGUCCACUGAGAAAUUGUCUCUCUUCCUAUAGAUGCCAAGCAUUUUCUGUGAUUUUAAGAAUGGAAUUGGGGUUUUUUGGUUGGGUGGUUCUUUUGUUUUUCUUUGUUUUGUUGUUCUUUUUUUUUUCAUUGGAGUGGAAAUACUAGUAAAGAAAAUAGCAAUUCAGUAAAUUGAGGACUUGAUUUUUAAAAGUGCUCAGAUUUGAUGGUUCCAUCUGAAAUAAGGUCAGCCUGUAGUAGCACAGCACCUUUGAAAAUCAAGUCCUUUUAUAUGGCAUUUCCUUAAAAAAUAGGCUUUUAAAAAAAACCCAUGUGAUGAACUUGUUAAACCAGCUUCUGUCUUCAAAAAGGUUACAUCUUUUCUGGAAAGACUGUUAGUUUGAAUGUGAUAUGUUGAAAGUAUUAGUGCACACAAAGUGUUUAUAUGUAUUAAUACAGAAGAUAUACAGUAGAUAUUACUUUUUGACUAUUACAGUUGUCAUGAUUUUAUGUUGCAUUUAUCACAGAUGUAGUGAAUCACAAGAUUAAUCAUAAGAUAAAGCAUGACAAUGCGUUUUGUGUAACGCUCAUGACCCAAAUCUGGUUUUUAACAUUUUGUAAUUAGUUUUAAAGUCCUCUUUGUUUAAUAUGUCAUGUUUCAGCACGACAUUGUAAUAUCUUAUGCAAUUUAGAGGACUUGUAUAUUUUUGCAAUAAACUGCAUUUUUUAUUAAUUACAUGAAUUCUGUACAUGAGUGAGGACAGCUGACAAAUUAACCUUAAUGCUUUCAAACAACAGCAUGGGUCAUUGUCAUGUUCCACCUAAUCAUACAUAACCUAUAUUGUUUUCCUUCUCCCUUGUUUUAUAUUUAUGCAUUUUGUCUUCUCUAUUUAUGCUGGUUCUCUAGUUAAUUUUUUUUUAGAUCUCACUAUUUUUAUUGUUAAAUCUGUUUCAAGUGAAAUGAUCUCUGUAUAUCUCUCUUCCUGCAGUCUAAUCUUAGCUAUCAAAGAUCAGAGUCAAUUACUGAAGUGAUUGAUAUCAAAAGCCAUGCUAAACUAAGCUUGUCCCUGAAAAUCCUUAACAGGAAGUGCAAAAAUAUUUUUAAUUUGAAAGAUCAGUACUUCCAAAGCUUUGCACACAUCUGUCAUUGUUAAAGCUAACAUGUCUUGCUUUCAAAAACCUGUAGGUCAUCAUGAAAUAAUGUGUUCAGCCAUAAUAGCAUGGGAUACCUUCUGAGACUGAGGAGAGAGAAUAUCAUCUUAAUUAUGAGCACAGGGCUCAUUGCUUACAAGGGUCUGUGACUGGAAAUUUCAGGCACAGUCCAGUUUCAGUCCUGCCUACUGCCCUGCCUGUUGAUGUUCUUGGACAGCUAGUGCACUUACUGGCAGUGGGCAGCUCUGCCAAAAUGACACUGCAAGAGUUGUAGGAAGGCUGCUUGUGCCCUGAUUCAAACACCUGAAUUACAACAUCUUUCCUUCUUAGAUAAUGACUUUUCUAAUGCCAUAUAUUUGUGUAUGUUGAUGUAAUCAUUAUGCUACAGUAAAUUAUAUGUUCUGACAAUUAAUAUAAUCAUACCUGUAUAUGAAAUUAUGAUUAUAUAAUAUGAUAACAAUAUAUAAUUUAUAUCAUAUAGUAUGGUAUAAAUUAUAAAUCAGAUUCCUAACAAAAUACAAUCUCAACAAAAUUUACAAAUGUAAUUUUUUUUAACCUAGAAACCUGGUAUGAAUAAUUGCACAUAUGAUAACUUGCCUUUGUACUUUUGAUUUAUGGGAAAAAGAGAAGCCUGUUAUACUAGAAGGAAAUAUCAGGUAACCAAAAUCUACACUCUUGUCAUUCUGUAUGCUUAAUCUCUAAAAGCUACCUAUAUUUUGCACUGGCUUGAUGUGAUUAAGAAAAAUGCUAGAAAUUACUUGUAUGGCAGUAAACUACAAUCAAGGCCAUAAAUGCCAGUCAUGAUAUUUUCAAUAUUGUUGGUUAUAUUUAAAGUUUCCUUACAAUAAACAACACUUUUAUAUAUAAAAAU